AUGGAGUCCGCCACCGCCUUCUCGGGCUUCCCGGCCCUGCCCUCUGUCGCGGCGUCGGGGCCACCGCCGUCGCCGCUCGCCGGAGCCGAGCCCGGGCCGGAGCCCGAGGACGGGGCCGCGGGCCGCGGGGAGCCGGAGCCCCCGCCCGGCGCGGGGGGGCGGCGGCGCCGGCGGCCCCUGCAGCGCGGGAAGCCGCCCUACUCGUACAUCGCGCUCAUCGCCAUGGCCCUGGCGCACGCCCCGGGCCGCCGCCUCACGCUGGCCGCCAUCUACCGCUUCAUCACCGAGCGCUUCGCCUUCUACCGCGACAGCCCGCGCAAGUGGCAGAACAGCAUCCGCCACAACCUCACGCUCAACGACUGCUUCGUCAAGGUGCCCCGCGAGCCGGGCAACCCGGGCAAGGGCAACUACUGGACGCUGGACCCGGCGGCCGCCGACAUGUUCGACAACGGCAGCUUCCUGCGGCGCCGCAAGCGCUUCAAGCGCGCGGAGCCGCCCGCGCCCGCGCUCAACCCCCCGGGGCCCGCCGCGGGCGCGCCGCCCGGCCCCUUCGCGCCCUUCCCGCCGGGCCCCGGGCUGCUCGCGCCGCUCCCGGUCGCCCCCGGGCCCGCGCCGCCCGCGCGCCUCUUCAGCGUCGACAGCCUGGUGAGCCUGCCGCCCGAGCUGGCGGGGCUGGCGGCCCCCGAGCCGCCCUGCUGCGCCGCGCUCGACGCCGCCUUCCCGCUCUGCGCGGCCGCCGCCUCCCCGCCGCUCUACGAGCCAGCCCCCGACCGCCUGGGGCUGCCCCCGGGCGCCCCCGGCCCCGGCCCGCUUCCCGCCGAGCCGCUGCUGGCCUUGGGGGUGCCGCCGGGCGCGCUCGGCCCGCUCGGCCCGGGGGAGCCCUACCUGAAGCAGCCUGGCUACACGCCCGGGUUGGAGCGCUACUUGUGAGCCCUUCCCCACCGACUGGGGCCACCUGGAGGUCCUCUCACCCCCAGGACUGGGGUGCUGCCUGGGAGGGGCCCCCUUCCCCUCUUGGCUUGGGUCCACCUCUGAGCUCCCCAUCUUUGCCUCUUGGACCGAGCACACCUGUUACCUCUUUCUCUGUAUCCCAUCUAUGGGGAGAAUCCCACAAUCGGACUGACUGCCCCUCACAUCCCCCCAAUAUGUGAGCCCCUCCUUUCUUCUUAC